AUGGAAAUCGAUAAAACACCACUCACUACCUCAAAUAUUAACAACAAAAAAUUAAAACUACAUCAAUUAAACAAAAAACUUUCUAAUUUUUCCGAACAAUUUUCUAAUGACAUGCCACCUUGGGCUGCAGCAAUGCUUGAAAUUGUAAAUUCUGUAAUGGAUCUUUGUAAGGACAUUCUUACAAAUGAACCAGAACAACAAACAGCAGAAACAAUUCCUAAAUAUCGAUUCGGAGACCCAUUUUCCGCCAGCAACAAACAACAUAAUUCUUUUCUAGAACAAUCUCAUUACACCAAUAUUAUAAACAACGCUAUUUUGGACGCCGAAGAAAUCAAGUCUAAAUCAAAAAGAGUCGUUAUUGAACGGGCCCCUGAAAAUUCUGAGAUCACUUCAUUAGUUAAAACAAUUGCUUCUGAUUGUGGAGUCUCUUCUGAUCUUUUGGAAAAAGAAAUUCAUCGACAUCCAAAUCGUGAGUCUUCCGAAGGUAUUAAUAAGAAACCAAGGAUUGUAAAAAUUCCAUUUGCCAAUAAAAAGUCUAGGGAUAUCUUUUUAUUUAAUUUUCGUAAGUGUUUAAAGAAAAAUCCAACUUUUCCACAGUUUUUAACUGCAAGACGUGAUAUGACUCGUAACGAAUUAAAUAUAUUGUAUAACUUGCGAAAGCAAGCAUUUUCUAUGAAUCAGACCGAGAACAUGUUUAAGUACAUUGUUGUCGAUCUGUCAAUAAUUACACUCAAAAAUCCACAACCGCUCAGGGCAACCAAAAAUAAAUAG